UGCAGCCGUCGCCCUGGGCCCCUUGGAACGGCCUUGGGCCGACCCGAGCCGGGAAGCCCGGAGGCCUGCCAUCGGCAUCCCGUGGUGCAGCAUCGAGUCGUCUUGCCACCGCUGCACACCGCUCGCGCCGUAAGAGCCUCCUCUCUCGUCGACGCCGGCUCACCUGCGUCCUCAGCUGCGUCACAGCCGUCCGUCCCACAGCAUGUCCGCCCCAAUCCCUGCGCCGUACCGCGUCUUCCUGCUCUAUGUGGAGCCGGCGUCGACGUUGCUAGGCGCCUUCUUCGCCCACUGCCGGCAACACCAGUACCUCGCGCUGACACACGCCCGCUCUGCGCCCGCCAACGACAGCCCGGUGCCCGUGGGAACUGCGGUUGCCCUCUCCCAGCUAGCCAACCUCUAUGUCCUCUUCGCGCUGAACGAGGUCUUAGUCCUGCGGAGCACCCGCGACCGGCGUGUGUGGAGGGCUCUUGUCUGGGGCUUGCUGCUUGCCGACCUGGGCCACCUUUAUGGCUUGGUGCCUCUGGGUCUUGACGUCUUCUGGAAGUUCUGGGCCUGGAAUGCCAUGGACUGGGGAAACGUUGGGUUCGUCUACUGGGGCGCUGCUACGCGGAUGUGUUUCCUCUACGGCAUCGGUCUGGGCCAUGCUGGAGACCGCAGUCGCGAUGAUGCUGUAACUAAGUUCCAGUGAUGACGGUUAGGGGGACGCCCGAUGUCACUCGCAAGAGAACCAGCGGCCGGUGUGCUAUUCCUGAGGUACUGCAAGAAAGAGCCGCACACUGUAGACACGGUCUAGCACAUAAAAAAGAACCAGGAAAGAAAAGGGUGUUGUCAAUCUCUACAUGUCGUUAUUUUAUGCAUAGCGAACAGUCGAAGGAAUCUUGGACCGGACCAAAUGGAUGGGAGUGACGCCAACCUAUCAGAUAUAUACAUCAUGCAAGGAAAUGUGGAGGUAGGGAACCAACCGCAACCUCGCGUAUAAAUAAGUCCACGUCAUGUGAAUGCCCAUGCCGCUUUGCUGAACCAGCUAAGGAGCGGCCUCCCAUUUUUUCCGAAUUGUAAGCUUCCAGCUAAUCUCAACGCACGUUGCUCAUGGCCAUAAGGAUGAGGGGAGACGGCAUUAGGAGGGCAUUACUGUCGUGCAGCA